GCGUGAGCUCCCGGGUUGAAUGAACUGCGACCAGCGGUGUUGGGAGCUUGACACCGGCUAGAAAGACAAGAACAUCAGUGAGAACAGCACUUUGAAAAAGAUAUUUAGAAGGACCGAAACAGUCAGUGCAGAUCUCGACUGGUGCGCACGGUAAAUCCUAAACAGCAGGAAAAGUUUAUUUUCCUUUCCAUUAAUUUUUCCUUUAGGAACAAAGUGGAGCUCACGCUGCUGAAAUUCACCUGAAAGUAACCCGACCACCUGAAACUGGGUGACACGUUUUGACGGCUUUUCUUUUGCACAAGGAGCUUUUGUUUUUUUUUUAAGUAAUUAGAAAACAGGGAAGGAUCUUUAUUUUUUUGACAAUUUGUUUUGGCAAAGAAGAUGGAAGCGCUCCUGUACCUGAUGAUCCUGCUCUGCACUACGGCUGGGGUGGAGAUUGGCUGUGGACCAGAGUGCCAUUGCCCUGAUGCCCCUCCGAGUUGUGCCCCGGGCAAUAGCUUGAUAGUGGAUGGCUGCAACUGUUGUAAGGUCUGUGCUCGGCAAUUCAACCAGGAUUGCAGCAUCAUGGAACCCUGUGACUACAUCAAGGGACUCGAGUGUAGCUUCGGCUCCAGUGACACUGCCACACGGGGUAUCUGCCGAGCCAAAUCUGAAGGAAGGCCCUGUGAGUUCAGUGGGAAUAUCUACCAGAACGGAGAGAACUUUCAACCCAACUGCAAGCACCAGUGUACCUGUAUCGAUGGAGUGGUGGGCUGUAUGCCCCUUUGUCCCCAGGAGUUCUCUCUGCCAACCAUGGACUGCCCCAAGCCUCGGCUGGUCAAGAUACCAGGCCAGUGCUGUGAGGAAUGGGCCUGUGACACCAACCAUAUUGGCGAAGACUCUGGCGAUAGCACCGAGGAGGCGGAUGACUCGAUGAGUUACGAAGAGAUUGGAGACCAGCCAGAUGCAGAACCGCUAUCGAGCAAUGAAUUGACUGACCUGAUAAGAGGAGGCCUUAAGAUAGAGCCAGCCUGGAGAGCGCAGGCCCACGAUCGUAACUCCAAGUCAAAGUGCCUGGUUCAGACCACUGACUGGUCCCAAUGCUCCAAGACCUGCGGCAUCGGCAUCUCUACCAGAGUGACCAGUGACAACCCCCAGUGCAAACUGAUGAAAGAGACUCGCCUCUGCCAGUUCCGUCCCUGCAAUGUGACACUCAAUACCAACCUCAAGAAAGGCAAGAAGUGCUUGAGAAUGAAGAAGGCCAAGGAGUCUGUGCGAUUCACCUAUGCUGGAUGCACCAGUGUGCGGAGAUACAAACCCCGCUGGUGCGGCUCCUGCACUGAUGGGCGUUGCUGCACCCCAUCGCAGACCCGCACCAUCCACGUGCGCUUCCUCUGCGAGGACGGUGAGACCUUCUCCAAGAGCAUGAUGUGGACCAACAAGUGCCGGUGCCACUACAACUGCCCGUACCAGAAUGAGAUCUCCUACCCUUACUACAUGCUUCACAAUGAUAUUCACAAGUUUUCUGAGUAAGCACAGCGAAAGUGGGCUCAAGAGAAAAGAAAAACUUCUGCAUUGUCAAGACUGGUGGCCAUUGCUGCGCCCACUAGUCCACUUUGCUGCCUACUCAUGUCUACACUGGCAACCAUACCAAUCCGGUUCACUGAUCUAUUUAACCAACCUAAAGACCAUAUUCAUGCCAUUCGCAGCAUCAGCUCUAAUGGCACAUUUGAACUUUGAACUUAAAUGCUGGCGAUGGCUAUAUCUGUCAUACCUGUUGACUUUUAUUUCCAGUGGUCCACGUACAGUACACCUCUCGUAGCUCUUGGAGCUUCUCUGUAGGGGGCUGUUUGACCCAUUAAGCCAACACGUUGUUGCCUUGGAAACCAACUAGCCAUUAAACAUGAAGGCUACAUCCAUUGGAAAGGGUCCAAGAAAAGUGAGAUCUUCUCAAUUGAUUAAAAGAACGGGAUAUGCUGUUAAGAUUUGCACCUCUGAAAAUUAAGUUUAAAUAAACAGGAAAAAGAACACAGCUAAAUUCCACCUAUCCAGCAGGUGCUGAUUUUUAAGCUUCAGUUGAAUAGGUUGGUUUAUGACUAACAUCUCUUCUAAACAGUUUUCAGGCUUGGUUUAGACCUGAUCAAAUUAACUAUAACAAAAAACAAUUCAUAUUGACAUUUUUCCUAAUCUAAUUUAAUCAGAGUUAAUGUGAUUUUAUAUAUAUAUAGUUGCAGAUGGAUUUUUUUAAUGUUAUUUAAGGUCAUUGGACAUAGUUUCUUUCAAAAGUUGAAAAUGGGAUAGGGACUUAGAUAUUUGAAUGUAAAACAAAAGGGGAGUUCUUAUUUCUGAAUUGUGCCAGGUUUCUGUUUCUCCUAUGGUACUGUCUAAACACCUCUCAAAAAUUACCUGAGAAGGUGAUCAUCUCCAAGGAGGCUUGAGAUGCCCAUCUGCAAGUGGGUCCAUGAUGGCUGCCUUCAAGAAGACUCAAGGAGGCUUUGAGAUUGGGACAUCUCAGGUAGCUUAAGAUGGCUGACCUAAUGGAGCCUUACUUAAAGCUUUAUUUUUUAACUUUACAAUUUCUUCUGAAACUGUGUCCAAUGCCACUGACAUUUUCUGGUAGAGACUAAGACAUUCUGCCUUGGCACUUGUGAUUGAGCUCAUGAAUAGUGCAUUAGAUGGAGAAUCGGGAUCUGACUAGUUUUCCAUUAGAAAAGUGGAGUGAUGUAUUCUGCUAUUAACAAUUAGCAGAGUUAAGUGUUAAUGAAGGAGAGGGCAAAGUGCAAGGCAACCAGACCCUAUGCUCCAACACCUUGACCAAUCUUUUUUAAAAAAAGAGAUUUAUAUGAAUAUUUGGUUCUUUGAUCUUUCUUUCCUAUUUUUAGUUUCUUUUACCCUGCCUCAUGCGACACAGCACAAGGCAAAGCAAGAAGGUCUGGCAACAAUCUACUACUAGUCAAGACUGUAAACAAAGCCCCAAUUUUAAUCUAACCUAGGGUGGGUUCGGGCCAAUUUACUCUCUGCACAAUUUUCUGCUGAAAUCAAUGGAUUCGAACAGAACACAUUUCCACCAAUCAGGUUAGGUUAAAAUGGGGGCUCAGGCAUUGGGUGGGGCUAGGAGAUCUGACCACACUGAUUCACAGCUUUUCCAUGCCGGCCUAUGUUCCAGCAUUUGGCAUGUGAGGAAUAUGCAUUAAUAUGUGGUACACUAGCAUACUGCAUAAUCUAAUGGACUGCCCAUAUCUUUGACCCUCACAUUAUAAGCAGCUUCUAUUAUUUUAAGACAACUUGAGGUGGCGGUAAGUCCCACGGGGAUCAUUUGUCCACUAACUUUGUGGCUCUUUGUAAUUUUGAGACUUUUUUUCCCCCUCAGUUUCCACCCAC